CACUCAGUCAAGUUGCACUCAUGCUCAUUUUGGACGUCAAGACCCGCUGGUCAUCGACACAUCAAAUGCUUCGCCGUGCAUUGGAUUCCCGCAAGGCUAUCAACGAUUUUGUGGCAAAGACACGUGAAAUAUGACAAUAUGAACUUUCUGAUGACGAUUGGCAAGCAAUUGAACUAGUGAUGGGGUGGCUGAAGGCAUUCCGGUCAGCAACCACUCAAAUGUCAACAACCAAGCGCCCAAUGUUGUCUUCGGCUCACGCUAUAUUUCGUGGCCUUGAGGAGUCACUUCGGGAUGAUUUAGCGAAUCUUCCAGACUCAGCCCCAACAAAGAUACGGCUUGCUUUGAUCAACGCGCAUCGGAAGCUCAGCGACUACUUCUUCAAGAUUGAUGACUCACCGUACUAUGUCUGGGCUUCGAUUCUCGAUCCCCGCAUCACUUACGAAGGUCUCCGUGAUGAUUGUGAUGCCAAUGAUGCAAGUACACAGGUCGCAAAUCAACUCACUGAAGAAUGACCUACAUGCCCUGUAUAAAAAAGACUAUGCCACUACAUCCGU